AUGACGCCAACACCUCGAAUCUGCUCUUAUUUCUUUGCGGCAGUCCUUCUCCUCCUGCUGAGCGCAGAGGUCCAUGCAGCUGGAGCGAGCAGCUGCACCGAGGAUGGAGAAGGUUGCUUCAUGAGUUCCUUCCUGAGGAGAGAGGAGAACCUCAGAAUGAAGCUCGACUCCCUCCUCCUCCGGCUGAACGGCCUCGUCAACGCCGUGCACGCGAUGCAGUCAGAAGUCGUGUCUGUCCUGCAAGAUCUUGGAGAGUGUCGGACGAAUCAUCCGAGGAGGAAUGAGAUUGUUGGCAGCGCUCAGAGUCAAGAAAAGUCAGAGCAAGCGGGAGAUGGGAAAACGGAGCAAGGGGAGUCUGUCAAGGAAUCUGAGAAUCUUGCCCAGGACAGUUCGGAGGAGAACGGAGGACAGGCGGCUGCAGACGCUGAAUCUUACCUUGCUCCUCCUGGGGAGAACGCCGAGACGUUCGGAGCUCGCUUGAUCAUGCCGGUUGAGCAAGAAGUGCUUCACGUCAACGCCCCGCACUACGUGAUGGAGCUCUUCACUCCGGCGCGCGGGGAUGCACUUGUGGAGAUCUCCAUCGACAACUACGUGGUCGUCAAGAUCGACCUGCUCUGCUCGUUCAAGUGCAGCAGCAGCGGCGGCAACACGUACGUCAGCAGCACGGGGGGGAGGAGCGAGGCGGAUUCCUGCCAGUGCCAGUGCACGAGGAACUGCGACUGCGGGAGGUGCAUGCGGUCGACUUACAGCGAGAUGGUCAGGAUAGAGGGUGACGUCAUCCAGCCCGGCCAGCAUUCCCUAACGGUGGACCUGAUGUCGGGGCAGCCGAGAACGAAGCAGAUCCUGCAGACGUUCUUCUUCGUCGUCCCCGAGUGGCUCACUGCUUUCUCCUCCUUCCUCAACGAGACUGCCACCGUCCGCUCUCUCUCCCCAAACGUCAUGCAGGCGACGCUGACGGCACCCGCACACGCCCUCCCCGGGCUAACGUACUCGAUGCCGCCGGGGCAUGCGGUCGGGGCAGGAGCGCUCUGGCCGGGGAUAGCCAUCCGCAGGCCGAGAGCAGGGGAAGUUUUCCGGCAGCGCUCGGGAGUUCGGGUAGAGCUGGAGCUGCUCGACUUCGAGUGGGAGGUGGACGGCUCCCUCCAGGCCUCCAUCGUCUCCCAGAUCAACGACGGGAGCUGCGCGGGCUUCUACGGCUGCCCCCUCAGCAGGCCGCUGCCGCUGCAGGAAGUGAUGGACGUGCAGAGUAGGCACUCCAGGUGGGAGCUGCAGUCAGUGCAGGACUGCUCGUUGGUCAAGAUCGAGAGCCUCCAGCUCCUACCGGGCUUCUACCGCCUGCAGGUCUACCUGACUGACCGAGACGGCCGGCAGAUGAGCAGCAUCCGCCAUCGCGUGUUCUCCGUCACUUUGGACGCAGCGGGCAGCGGGGAGGAGGAGCAGGAGGGCGAGGAAGAGCGGUGGCAGUGCCCCAAGAAACACUGUGGAGCAGAGGUGAGGAAGGUGGAGAGGCCAGCGAGACCCUUGAGCCUCCUGCUCCUCACGGAGUGGCCUGCCAUCGCCGGCAUCAGCGCCAGCGCCGAUCGGUGGCGAAUGAUGGUCGACGCUCUGUGGCAGCUGGGCCACUUGGUGCAGGUUGUGUCGAGGAACUGUGCUCCCUACCACGGGGACUACAUCUCUAAGAGCCAUCGAGGAGGAGGCGCGAGGUCGAUCUGCGGCAUCAGCAGCACCGACAUCCCUGCCCUCCUGCUCGAGCUCGACAGGGUCGACGUGGUGCUGAUGGACAAUCGCUUCUUCCUCUUCCCGUCCGCUCGCAGCAUCCCCCAGCAGUGGAUUCCCUUCCUCCGCGAGAGCCCCAGGACGCAGGACGCGAGGCUGGUCGUCGUCUCCGACCAGCUCGUCCGCCCCAACGGGACGGAGCUGGACGACGCUUCCGAUCGGCACAUGCUGCAUGCUGCUGGUGCCCAGCUAGUCGGGUUUGCUGCUGCCGAUGUGAUCGCAGUGUCGACUGUCGAGGAUCUGCGGUGGAUCGGGAGGGUUUUCUCCCCUGGAGCCCCAAUCCUCCUCCUCCGCCACAGCAUCGUCAUGCCCAAGAUCGAGCGCAGGACGCCCGGGUUCCGCCAGAGGAAGGGAAUCCUGUGGAUUGGUGGCGGCGUAUCGUACAGCGCUGGGGAGCUGGAGCUGAUAUCGAAGCGAGUGCUCCCGAUGCUGGAGGGCGAGGUGGGGGGAGGAGACAGCUUCGUCUUCGUCUGCCGGGAGUGA